UUAUCUUUCGAUAUCUUGGAUAAUUGAUUGAUUAGAAAAGCUCAACAAUUUUUCAAGUUUCUUUUAUAAUGAGAAUUAAAUUAAUGAAAGUCAAGACAGUGUUUUCUUAGAAUAACACAUUAAGAGCCACACGUUAUCUCUUAACAACGCAAGUAGUCAGUUGAUCGGUUCAAAGGUAGACUCAUCUUGAAAAUACAUAUGGUAUAAUUAAAAGCAAAGCCAUCAUCCAAAAAUGUUUUAUAACUGAUUAAGAAUUACACUCAUUUUAUUCAACCCAUAAGAUUAACAAAGCGGGCUUAUCAGAAAUUUAAAGAGCGCGACUCGAAUACAUUUUGACUUAUCAGUGGUUUAUAUUAAAGAGCGAGAGAUGUGUUUAUUAUGAUUCUAAUAAAAAAGAGAACUAAUUUAUGAAGUAAGUCAAUAUAAAUUCAACUGAGAAAUCAUAAUAUAUUGUAUUGUCGUAGAAUGAAGAAGUAUAUACUCGGUGCUCUCCUGCUGAGCGUUUGCCUCGUUUCGAUUGAUGGGGAAAAUUCGCAACUUGAACAAGACUUUGAGGAGUUUAAAAUUCAAGUCAAUAGUAAAAUUGAUGAGCUAUCGUGGUCAUUGAACACUUUACUGCAAGCUUUGCAAAGUCGUGUUGCUGCUUUGGAGAGGCGUGCGCCUGCGUUACCGGGCAUGGUUGGACCACCAGGGCGAGAUGGCAUAAAUGGAUACAAUGGACUACCGGGGAUGCCUGGACCACAGGGGCCUCAAGGCUUAACAGGCAAAAUUGGACCGCUUGGACCACCGGGGAUCCCAGGACCGGAUGGAUAUCCGGGAAUACCUGGGCCACCUGGACGAAUGGGCUCUUCGUAAAUGUAGCUGAAGAAAGUGGAAAUUCUCUUUCGAUAUCUUGGAUAAUUGAUUGAUUUAUGUUCUUCGGUUGUCAUCGCUGGUCGCAG